CCUGUCAAAAAUUAGAUGGAGACGAUAAGCAAAGGGUUAAUAACUCAGCGGAAGCCCCUCCCCUUUGGCCUGUAUCAUCCUGGCAUUGAGAGAAGGGAGUAUCAGACUCGGGGAUUUGGUCUGGAUGAGCAUAGACUCUUCCAUCAUUUUACAGGCAGCGAUCAACGAUUUAGGAUGCAGCUCGUGAAAGCCGCAGUGACAUCCCUCCUCCUGUGCCUGAUCCCCGUGCCGGCAGUGCUGGCAGACAGCUGCGCUCCUUACAUUGCUUCUGAUUUAAGUUACCACCCACAACAAGAUUGCCUGCUGGGCUUUUGUGCUGGAACCUGUGCAGAAAGGUAUUGCGGUAUCUUGCCUGGAACCCAGCUGGACCAGUCCCAGUUUCUGUGCAUUCUGAACAAUUUUUGGAUGGUCCUUGGAUUGGGCAUUUUUAUAGGCCUCAUAUUCAUAGGUGGAAUUAUCUCUUGCAUCUGCAAAUGCUGCCUUGUUAUGGCCUGCCUCAAAAACCUUAGCAAGAUUUGCUUUGUUUCCAGGCUCCAGUUAUACCAGCUAGUGAUGCCGCCUGCAGGAUACCAGCCAGUCACAACCCAGAAUAUGCAUGUUAGCCACGCAGCUUUAAGGCCGCCAACCCCAGCCUACCCAGAUUCUACCAGACUGCCAUGCAGGGAAAACUGCCAACAAUGCACUCAUGCUGUUGGUCAUAGCCUGCUAUAUACACUGGAAAAUACAUGUCUUAAUUACAGUAUUGGUCCAGUUCUUUCAACCACAUACAUGCUAUGGCUCUCUGACUCACGCUAAAGAUGCACAACCAACCUAGAGUCUCUGCAGGGAGCAGCUGGAACUACAAAAACAUGGGCGCCCUGUACCCUCCAGAUAUUGUUAAACUGCAACCCACAGCUGAAUCCUGCCAAGAGGAGUUGGAAAUUCAACAGGUCUCCCUUACUGAUACAAUGAAUGACUGCUAGAUAGCUCCCUGCAGUGUUCUGUAGGCAAAUUGCCAAUUGUACCCCAUCAGAUGCAGCUGUUUGUGGUAUUAAAGUGUGACCAGUUAUAUUUU